UUCCAGUAACGUUAAAGCGUAUAAAACCUCAGUAAGUGUGACGUCCAACUUAGCAUUUAACAAAUAAUAAUUCAGCAAUGGGAGAAGUUGAUCCAGCUUUCAUCCAAGAUGUCGAACACAGGCCUAAACUCCCCACAACUGAAGCUGAAGGUAUUCCGGUUAUUGAUCUCUCAGUACUGAAUUAUCCAGAUUUCUCCUCUGAGAAAUACUCCAAGGAAUUGGAAACCCUAGUGGCUGAGAUAAGCGAUGCAUCAAAGAAAUGGGGAUUCUUCCAAGUGAUAAAUCAUGGGGUACCCUUAGAGCACAAGGAAAAAAUUGAGUUGGCAUCAAGAAAAUUCUUUGCUUUGUCUAAGGAGGAUAAGAGAAAGGUGGGGAGAGAUGAGUUCAACCCUUUAGGAUAUUAUGAUACUGAGCACACCAAGAAUGUAAGGGACUGGAAAGAAGUCUUUGAUUUUGCUCUACAGAAUCCAACUAUUAUACCAUUUUCUCCUGAUCCUGAUGACAAACAACUGAAGCAGUUGAACAGCCAAUGGCCUGACUACCCACCAGAGUUCAGGUAAUAUUAACUUUGAAUUUAUGCCCCAAAAAGAAAUAGAUCCUCAUCUCUUUCACUACACUAUGCCUCAAAGGCUCAAACCCAACGAUAGAGGCUAGUGAAUUUUUUCGUGCCAACGUUGGUGGAUCCUUUGACGCCACACAAAAAGUAAGGGUUUUUGUGGAAACUAAAAAUUGAAUAAAAAAAGAAGUGAUAGCUUUAUUUUU